AUGGCUCUUAUUACGCACAUCCUGCUUCCAUUUUUGCUACUGUUCUCAGUCCUUUGUGACGCUGAAGGCCCGACAAGCGUACGCAAGAACGAUUCCUUCGAGGAAGCUGACCUAGUCUCUUUUUUAAACUCGAAACCUUCGCAACACGAUGCGGUGUUCACAGAGGCAGUUCAGUUGCUAGAGUCAAUGAGGUCGGCCCCUUCCUGCAACCGACUCGCAGCCUCAAGGCUAGUCACAUCUUGUCAGUCGAUUGGGGAAAAGACAUCCAAUAUAGAUACGGAAACUUAUUUGCUAUUGGAACAUACUCGAUCUUUGUAUGCGGCAAGACUUGCCAUCUGCGAACUCAACGGCGCCGGGACAUCUAUCCCUCCUGCUUGUCUUCCAGUAACCAUUCCACCACCACAGAAGAAAGGCAUAUUUGGUUUCUCUGCGAAGAGUAAGGUUCCAGUCAAUGUCAUGGACUCAAUCCCGAACCAGUUGCUGGAAUCCUGCCUUAAGUCGCUUGAAUCACGACCGCAGUGGUGGACAUCUUAUAGCAACAGUAGGCAAAACGCUUUCUUAAUAUGUCAGGCCACAAGAAUCGAGAACGAAAAGCAAGAGCUUCUGAAUCUCUACAGGUCAGUAGUCAAGAGCUCUAACAAACUCAAUCAAGGCCUUCAAGAAGCCUUGCAGACGGCUGCCGCGGAAUCUUCUCAGCACAGAGCUUUCGUACGAGAGAUAGAUAUUUUGAAUGCCAGGCUUAUUCACGACAUAGAAAAAACACAGUCGCAAUUCAAGUCAGUAUUCGAGAAAGUGUUUUAUAACAUUGAAACCGGAGCCGUUUCAAUUGUCAACACUGUUGCCUCAAUGCUCGGGAGUGUCCAGGACCAAGCGACAGCUCUAGAUAAGAAUAUCCAAAAUGUGUCCGCUGAGGUUACUAAGCUGCAAUACACUUUCCGAGAUCUUCUAGACGAGGUGCUGUCCCGAAACGAGCAAAUUACACUAGCACAUCAGCAAAAUGCUAUGUCACAUAACGAACUCGCCUUGUCGCUUCGGUCGAAAUUGGAGUCUCUCGUACAAGAAGACAUGGCUAGGUUGUUUCAUAAUGUCGAAGCUUUUGAUGCUUCUUUGGCAGGUGGGCCUGUUUCAACAAGACGGCCAAUGCUGACUGUACUGUACAGGAAUGGCUCUCUGGGAGGUUCGGGCUCCUAUCGGAGCAAGAACUUACGCCUGCGAACCUUCGAGACAUCAUUGAAAGAAUUCCAGUUGAAAGCGGAAGAUUUACACAAAGCGCAACUGCAACAGUCCGAGAAUCUCGAUAUCCAGUCAAGGUUACAGGAGAAGUUGCAAACAAGUAUACGGAUCUCACAAGCUCUAAUUGACAAAGCAGCCACAACUACGGCUAAUUUACAGGUGAUGAUCGAAGAAACAACAGCUCUAUAUAAAGACUCCCCUACGCUAGGAACUCUUUUCAGCACAUACUCUUCGUGGACAGUUUUCGGUCUUCUUUUGAGUCUCAUAGCAUCUCACCACAUAAAGUUUGCCCUAGUAAUGCUUGUUAUUGGUGUCACCCACCUCAUGAUGAAAAGGAUACUAUAA